AUGGCCAUGACUCGAUUUGUCCUCUUCAUGCUGCUUGGAUGGUACCUCGUGCCACAUGUACUGGCAGGGAAGCGAGGCACAUCCGGAACUCCCCACAGGAAUCCGAACCAGCAGAAUCUCCCGACGCAGCGUGGCACCAGCUCCCAUGGCGAUGCGGGGCAGGCUGCUUCCUCCUCCUCCGGUGCUACCAAUUCCAGGCGCGCACAGAGUUCGGGCGCCCCAGGGACUGGCAAUGCAACUACACCCCCUGACCUACCAUGGAUGGUGGAUAAGCACGCAUGUGCGGAGUAUCAAACCUGGGCCAGGCGUGUCCGUCUUUUGGAAAGAGGAAUGCCCCAGGACAUGGGCAUUGAGGCCUUUGAUGUCCUCUAUAGGUAUUAUACCUCCACUGGACUCACCGCGGAGAAGAUAGCUGAGGCAAUUGAGGUCGGGCUACGCCAAGCUGAUGUCGAAAGAGCGCCCCUUGGACAACAAGACCUUUACCAAUGGGCCUAUGCUCGACUGACGCAGCUUGGUGACGCAACCCUGCCACCGCUUACUACUGACACUGGCGGCCAUACCUCAUCAAGCUCGGGCCAGGGCCGGGGUGGCAGCCACGUGCAAAGCUCGGGUCCCACGGAUUCACUGUACUCUGGGUAUGAAACCUUGACCUCGGACACGCACUCAUCAACCGAACGCAUGAUAGAUGGAGAAUUGUGGGUUCGAGUGGAGGGCGUUUGGUGCAGGGCCUACGAAAGAAUCAGUGAUCCCAUUGAUACAAGCAGGGCGCCGCUCAUACGCUCGAGCUUUGGAUUACACUACUCUACGCCAUCCACAGCGCAGCCAGCCCCUGCUACACCUCCGCGGGAAGGCCGCCUCUGCAGAACUCUCCGGGAAGCCUAUGCCUCGCCUGAUGCCGAGAUGGGAAACGGGUCUUUGCCGUCCAACCUGAGUACACUUGAUAGACCUGCAACUGGCUCCUCCCCUGGGGUGCCAGUAUCUGGCCCCACGGUGCCAUCCCCAGCGCUACAGUCCCAUGCUGCGGUUGGCAGCCCUGACAGCGCUAACAAUGGACACCCCAGUACAGACAUAGCUGGCCCUGAUGCGGAGACUGAUGGUUCGUGCAACGCUGCUGUUGGGACUACCUCUUUGGUAUCCUGUCAGGCACCUACGGUGAGCUUUCCGCGCCCGGAUGAGGCAACCCUUGAAGAGGCAUGCACUUCCCUGUAUCUUGAUCUGCUACAAGCACAUGAGAGAGAUCCACUGGCACCGUUCCUGUUGCUGCUUCGAUUCCUUCCAAUCGAGGCUAUCUUCGACGCAGUGCUGGCCCAAUGCACUACGGAAAGGCAAAGAAUCAUGGUCACGAACAACAUUCUGAGGCUGUGGCACCUGGCCAGCACUGAUCUACCGAAUGACUCGGUCUUGGCUCGUCCUCGACGAGGUGCAGCUUCUGUCUCCUCACAGGACACAGGGGUUGUGGCGCAGGCCUCUGACUCUUAG